AUGUCCACACUUGUAGUAAACUUGAAGCGCCUCAACGGUUAUUAUUUGCCGAUAAAAAUUGGUCUUCCGGAAAAAUCUUUCAGUGUUCUGCUUGAUACUGUCACACCAAUACUUUGGGUUCCAGGACCAGAAUGUAGACACCGUUUCUGCAAUGGGAAAACGCAGUAUACAGAGUGGUCGUCAGUUUCGGCUAAAAAAAUUUACCCUCGUAUGAAACAGUAUCCUUACGAUGAAACAAGAAAGACAAUCGCGUAUGAACAUUAUGAUGACAUUACGAUGAAUCAAAUGAAUGACGAAGAACUAAAAGUCAAGAAUGCGGCCUUUGGUACACCUUCUGUUUUAAAAUGGAAUGAUGCAGUAAUGUACUACCGAACAGAUGGAGUUCUCGUGACUGCAACUCUCACGCUAGGUGCCAGCAAUGAUUACAUAUGUGCAAAAAGCGAUAAGCAAGUAACUGAAAAGCUUGUCUCCUCAAGAGAUCGCUAUGAUUUUGCAUAUUCAUCAAUUUCCAUGGGCAAUAAGACAUUUUCUCUUCAGUGGCGUUCAGCUUUCGCUUAUAUACACACUAUAAAGCCAUACAUUGCUGUGCCAGACUUAUUCAUGCAAGAAAUAGCUCUCAAAUACAAUGCAAAAAAGGCAGAUGCAAGAUGCGAAUUGGGUUUCAGAAGUCAUUCGGGACCCCUUGGACCAGUAGCACUUGGAAUUCCAUUUCUUAAUCAGUAUUGUGCUAUCUUGGAACCCACUAAGCGGAGCAUUAGUUUUCGUCCUAUUGUGGUUCCCAAUAUUACAUUUAUUACUUCCGAAGACCGUAGUCUCAAGUAG